GCUCAGUGCUUGAUGGUUCAGUGCUUGCAGGCUCAGUGCUUGAUGGUUCAGUGCUUGCAGGCUCAGUGCUUGAUGGUUCAGUGCUUGCAGGCUCAGUGCUUGAUGGUUCUGUGCUUGCAGGCUCAGUGCUUGAUGGUUGUGUGCUUGCAGGCUCAGUGCUUGAUGGUUGUGUGCUUGCAGGCUCAGUGCUUGAUGGUUGUGUCGAGGCUGGCUCCGUAGUGGCUGGUGCGGUACUGGAUGGUCCAGUGGUGGCAGAGUCAGUGGUACCCGGCUGUGUGGACUGUGAACUGGUUGUCGGGGAAGAAGUGGUUGUGCUAGUGUAA